AUGGACGAAGAAAGCAAAUUACCAUUAGAGAAGCCAAAGGAAGAACAAACAUUGCUAGUUGCACAAAUUUAUGGAGAGAUUGAAGAAUUACAAGAUGAACUUGAGAUGAAUUUUUGGAAGAUAAAGAAUUUUGACAAGGUACAAUCUUCUCCGACUGAUCAUCGAUUCUCUAGUCACGACAACUUCGUUAAGGUUUAUGAGUCAAGACCUUAUCUUAUGAGAGCUAUAAUAAAAGGUCCUCCUAACACCAUUUAUUAUAACGCAUUAUUUUGCUUCGACAUAUGUUUUACUUGUGAUUACCCUAAUCAACCUCCUAAACUUUUCUACCAUUCUUAUGACUAUGAUUUGAAUCCAAAUUUGAAAAAGAGUGGAAAAGUCAACCUACCACACUCUAAGAGAAAAUGUUCUUCAAAUCCAUUUAGAAUAUUAGAUAUACUUGUCACUAUUCAAGGAUUUCUCAAUGAUGAGUUUUCAAGCAAUAAAAAAAAUGUUCUAAUUAUUAGAACAUGGGAGGCCAUGCUUGUGAUGCUAGAGUCACCAUUGGAGGGUUUUGAAAUCUUGGUUAAGGGACAUUUUAGAACUCAAGCCCAUGCAAUUCUUAGAAACUUUAAGAAUUAUAUGGAUUCUAAGGAUGAAACUAUGAAGAAUCUAUUCUGGAAGCUCAUCAAGGCGUUUGAAGCUAAUGGAAGUUAUUGUAAGCAUCAUUGUAAUCAAGUUGUUAAUCAUGAUUAUGAGGAAGCAAAGUGCAACAACAUCACGAAGAAAAAUGGAUACUCCAAAUUGCCAUUGUGUAUUAUGUAA